AGUCGUUGCUUAGCAACGUCAGAAAAUGUUUAGUUCUCAGUAGGGGAUGUGAUAUCUAUAUUUUAUUUAUUUUACUUUUGUUUAUGGUUUUAUUUAUCUACGUCUUUUGCAUCACUCAUUGAAAGCAUUACCUAAGUUUAAUUUAUGACUUCCUGAUUGGUACAGAAGAAAACAAUAACCAGAAUCUCCAUUUAAAUUACAGCAGAAAGCUUGCAUUAUCACAGUUUUAAUGAGUGGUGAACAAAUAGCCUCACAAGAUGAUACAGCUAAUAACAAAGAAAUUACCUCUGUUCAUGAACUGGAAUUACCACAGACAUCUGCGACACAGUCAAUAAAUUUAUCAAAGGAAUCGUCCAUACCAAAAGUAAGAUUUGAGGGAGAUGAUGAAGAAGCACAAUGUACUAAGGCUGAGGGUGAGGGUGAGUUAGAUGUGGUUGAAGAGGUGGUUGAAGUGGUGGUUGAAGAGGUCAUUGAAGGUGAGGAGGGAUUGAAAGAUGUGACAGAAGAAGAAAAUAAAGAAGAGAUACAAGAUUUUGAAGUGAAAGAUGAAUCAUUUGUCAGUAUCAAGGAAAGUAAAUCAGCUGAGGAGGAAGAAGGUGCAAGAGAAACAUUUACUAGACAGCUGAUUCCUCAUGUUGACCUAAGCAUAAUUGAUUUCACUCUCCUAGAACGUGAAACAGAAGAAGUUGUAGUAGAGGAAGAAGUUGUGGUUGUUGGACAGCGUGAUUACAUUUUUCCAGACUUGCAAGAUCCAGGCAUAGAUAAUGCUUUCCAUAACACUACUGAGAGGAAACCUGAAUACAAUGAAGCUGGACAAGAGUGUUAUUUAGAUGUAUGUCGGGCUCUAGGAGUAAUGCCUUCCACAAAAUUUUUAAAAUCAUUACUUGGGACAAAAGUAAAUUUUAGGUAUUAUGGACUAAAUCCAAUUUCUGUGAGAGCUAUUGCUGAAUCAUUGAUGCACAAUAAGACUGUAACAGAAGUUGAUCUUGAAGAUAACUGGCUUACUAGAGAUGCUGCUUUUCACUUGGGUGAGAUGCUUAAAGUCAAUGAGACUAUUACAAGGCUUAGUUUGCGUGGUUGUAGAAUUGGUCGAGAGGGAGCUCAGAGAUUGUGUGAAGGCAUAAAAACAACAAAGUGUGUGAAAGACUUAGAUUUAAGUUGGAAUGAACUGUGUGAUGAUGGCAUGGAAGAGUUAGCGCCAGGUCUUGGUGGAAACAGCAGUAUUGAGAAACUCAAUCUUAGCCACAAUAAAUUAGGAAAUGGAGCUGGCAUGAGCCUUGAACUUACUAUGACAGAAAAUGCAACUAUAAAGAAUCUUAACCUCUCUUGGAAUCAGCUCUAUCCAAAGGACGGGUUCACAGCUCUUUUCAAAGGACUAACUGAAAGCACUAUAACAGAAUUGAACCUGUCUUGGAAUGGAUUAGGAAAAGAUGCAGGGAAACCUCUGAAACAAUUUCUCUCAAAGAACAGAACAUUGCGAUUUCUUGAUGUCAGCAACAACAGAUUAACAGGAGCAUCUAUAAAUAUGAUUAAAGCUGGACUGCAGAAAAACAGAACUCUUGAAGUCUUGAAAAUAGGAUUCAAUCCACUUUCACAAGAAGACUGUAUGACACUUCUUACUGUGCUACAACUGCAGCUUUCAUCAAUUAGAGUACUUGAUUUAGACAAUGUAUGGGUAGACAAAGAAUUUUUGAAGGAGCAGACAGCAAUACUGGAACGUAAGGAAGGCACUUCAGUAGUGGUAGGUGGUGUGUACAGUAACUAUGUACUGAAAGGCCCUGACAUGAAGAAACUGCUAUUAGCAAGAGCGACAUAUGAAGGAAUGAGUGUAAAAAAGAAGAAACAACGAAAGCACUUUGGUCAUUUCCUAUUGAAGGUGGAUGAAAAGCCUAUAACUAAAAAGAAAUUCAGACAGCUAGUUGAAGAAUUUAAGAUAAAGUUGUCCGAAAACCUUGUCGGUCAAAUUAUGAAGAACUUUCAAAUAGGAAAGAAGAAAGUAGAUCCUUUAGCCAUAAAACAAUAUUAUAUGAUGCUAUACCCAGACACAAAACUUCCAGAGAAAAAGAAGAAGAAAAAGAAAGGAAGAAAGAAAAAAGGCCAACAAUCUGAAACUGAAUCAACAGUGACAGAAACUUCGACAGCUGUGUCUUCAGAUAUGGAGUAAUCCUGAAAAGAAAUG